AUGAGGCAUUUGUUGAUUAUAUUUUAUUCCUGGCAUCUCCUAUUUGGCAGUUUGUUACUGAUAAAGACAUCUGAUGCAGCUUAUCGUGUUGAUGCUCAUGAAAGAGCAAGGAGGAUGAUUUAUCAUCCCUCAGCUCCGUUUCAGCGGCAUCAUUUAGAUAAAGCUGAAGUAACAGUCAGAGAUCUUCUUGGUUUGAAAGAGUAUGAAGAAGUUGAAGAGUCAAACCGUAUCAAAACAGCUGAAGGCACAGAAGUUUUACGCUUACAAGAGAAGUUCUUAGGUGUCCCUGUUUUUGAUGCUUCAUUAACUGUUACAGAAGAUAAAGAUGGACAUUUGACUGGUGAUGUUAUGGACAUGCAAAACAGUUAUGAUGAAGUCUCUAAUAAUACAGAUCCUAUGUCUUAUGUUUGUGACGUUGGUUUUAAUGAUAGUGCCAAUGGAGCUAUAUCUCCUGCACUUGAUGCUUUCUAUUAUGGCAGUAUGGCGUCUCAGAUGUUUCAGGAAUGGUAUAAUAUUUCAAUACUAAAUAAACAAGCUAUAUUGCGUGUUCAUUAUGGAAAAUAUUAUGAAGAUGCAUUUUGGGAUGGGGAAUAUUGCACAUUUGGUGAUGGCCAUACACGCAUUUAUCCUUUAACAGAUGCUGAUAUUGUUGGGCAUGAACUUGCGCAUGGCUUCACAGAACAACACUCUGGAUUGCUUUACUUUAAUGAGUCUGGAUCUAUCAAUGAAGCUUUUUCUGAUAUAACAGGAGAAGUCACUGAAGCUUAUAUAGAUAAAAAUGAUUGGUUAAUUGGCUUCAACAUCAUGAAAGUUGAUAAAGCAUUGAGAUCUUUGGCAAACCCGUCCUUAGACAAAGUGUCUAUAAGUCGUGUAGAUAAAUUCAAUCAAGAAAUGGAUCCUCAUCAUGGAAGUGGGAUUUAUAAUUUUAUUUUUUACUACAUUGUACACAAUUUAAAAAUGGAUAUCAAGGAAGCUUACCAAGUUUUCCUUAUUGCCAAUAAAAUAUAUUGGCAUCCUCAUUCAGAUUUCACUUCUGGGGCUUGUGAUGUGUUGAAGGUUGCCUACGAUCUUGGGAAAGAUCUAACCCCCUUUAUUAAAUCCUAUGGGCUUGUGGGAAUUAAACCAUGCAAUGUAGAGAAACAUAUUCGAGGAUUGCCAUUUAACAAAACAGUCUCAGGUAUUACAGUGUCAGAGAAAGCAAACCCAGUCUUUGAUUUUGUUUAUCCAAGCUGGGCUGGGAAUAUUACAAUUACUGCCACUAGUAUGUGUGGCGAAGUUCAUAUUAAGGUAUCAAAGAGCAAUAUGCUAACAGAGGGGGAUGGUUCAGACCCAGUUACAUUGUUAGCUGAAGGCACAUCAGAACUGAAUUUGGGAAAGCCAGAUGGACAUAAUUUCUUUGUCAAAUUAUCUCCAGAAUCUACUGAAAAUUUAGAGAAUGUUAGCAUACGUGUUACUUAUGGCUGUGAUCCAUAUUUUAUUGGAGAGUCAGAUAUGGAAAAUAUGGUUCACACAUGGAUGUGUGAUGAGUAUUAUAAUGAAUAUUAUGAUGAGUAUUAUGAGCAUUAGAAAUAUAACUAGAUAUUUAUAUACUGGUUUCAAUAAUAAAUGAUAUUUUCUUU